UUCGCCCUGAGACAGAGAGAGUAACCCUAACUCAAAUAAAAAAUAUAAGAGAAUUGAAUAUAUGUACUUAAGUCAACUGACGAAGUACACAUACCGGUACUUGAUUAAUGAACGGAUUGAGGUUGGAGGGGAAAAAAUAAAAAACGGGAACGGCAGUGACAUGUCCAGUCCAGGUGGUGGCGGCAAUGUACUUUUAGGACCGCAUAAAGCGGACCGAAUAAGACCCAAAUCGUUUUGUGCAAUUUGUGAGUCUGUGAGAGGAAUCAAUUGUUCGCGUGUUUCUGUUUAAAUUAGUGUAGCCACAAUCCAACAAAGUCCGUCGCGUUCAUCGUGUCAGCGGUAACUUCUGCCACCUCGUCCCAUUUUCUCACGUCGACUAUCAGAUUGCCAUCUGGGAACAUGACCACCAUCAGGUUUGGGAGCAGCACUGGACCAUCUCUGCUGGCCAGCACAUCAAAGAGAACUUUGGAUGUAGACCCCGUUGAAAAGACAAACUUUGAUCCGGAUCAACUUCAGCAGUGUCCAUUCGAUAAAAGUCACCAGAUCCGGGCUUGUCGCCUUUCCUAUCACCUUUUGAAAUGCAAGCAGAACCAUCCGAAACUGGCCAAGGAGCUCAAAACCUGCCCCUUUAACGCCUGCCACCUGCUCCCCAGGCAUGAGCUGGCUCGCCACACUGAAACCUGCCCCAACAGGAUUUCUGUGGGCGUAAAGGAUGUUGGAGCUGAACGGAAAUGGGACGUUCCGGUCAGAUCCCAGUUCAGCGCAGCCGUGACCGAAGACUGGGAAAAUGAGCUGGACGAAGCAGCCCCUCCGUUUAUUUGGGGCCAAACAGUCGUUCAAAAGUCAACAGAAGCUCAGGCCUUCAAGACUGUUGGAGCCAAUUUCCGUGGACCCACAUCCCUCCCGUGGUAGAUAGAAUUUUUUUAUAGGUUGCUUUUGAGACCAGUUUGUGGACUUUUCACUUUUUUUCCAUCGUUGCAAGUCUUUUUAAGCAGUUGCUUUUAAAAUGUUGUUUGGUCUCUGACAUUUGUAGUGUUUUUUUUUCCUAUAUUAAAAAUAUCUUGUAUGGCA